AUCGACUAUGCCUGAUAUUUGUAUCGGUUAUAAAUUGCAUUUGGAGUGUGGGAGGCUUAUAAAUUUAUAUGAUUGGCUUCAUGCAUUUCGGCAUGUAACAUCAACUGUUGCAAAUGGGAUAUCUGAUGCAGAAGCUGAGGAAGACACUAUUGAAAUUGAACCAGAAAUACAAGCCAGAUUCACAAGUAUGGUUUCCGAAUUGCAGCAUCUCGGAUUCAUAAAAUCUUCAAAUAAAAAAAGGGAUCACGUAACAAGAUUGACUUGGUGAACAAAAAGUCAUUUGCAUUUGUAAGGUCACUGGCAUUCUGAUUCUGGUGAGACUGGCCUCGAGCACGACCAC